AUGAAUUCUUUUCACGACAGAAAAGCAUUGAAAGAUCCAGUCUGGAAUCGAUAUUUCACAACGAUAACUAUCAAGGCAUUUGGAGAUGAAAUCGCUUUGUCACAUUAUGCAUUUGGUUUUAUUAUCUACUAUGCAACUGGUUGUAACUUUCGUCUACGUGUUCAUCAAUUAUUCAGAGGAUUAUUCUAUCGUUUAGGUUGUCGUUGUGAAGCACUAAUGAGGCUUGGCUUAAAUGAUGACAGUGAAAAUAUUCCAUCAUUUGCUCGUCGAUCACAUAAUCGUUUGUUGACAAAUGGUGAUCGACUGGAUAAUAAUUUCGACUAUCCACCUCAUUCUCAUCAUCCUCAUCAGCAGAAGCUACUAACCGAUACAAAACCGACUACAAAUGACCAGUCAUCACAAUUAAACAAACCAACUUUAUUUAGAACAUCUGAAGAACGGCAAAAACCAUCGCCAAGAUUGAGUUCAUCUCGAAGAGAGUCAUCUCGGCGAAAUAAUAAUGGAAUGUCUAACUCAGUGAAUCCCUCUGUAUUAUCCGGAUAGCAUAAUCAUUCUUCCCUGAUCAAAUAUGUUCAUAAUUCGAAAUACUCCAGAGGAUCUUAUUUAUUACAUAACAGUACAAGAAUCUGUGUAAUAAGAGGACUGUUCCUUUCUUUUCGUUUCCCUUUUUAAUCAUCUAUAUAAUUACAUAAUUUUGUCUAAUAUUACUAAAUUCUCUUUUUUAUUGUUUUACGCAACACCAUUUUCUUCGAGAAAUCAAAAGUUUAACUGGUAUCCAAUUACAGUGAAAACAAGACUUAAAGAUAUCAAGCGACACAGAGUGAUAAACACAUUCUCUACUAAUGCAUUUAAGAAUUCCCAUAGUUCACUGUUUUUACAUAUGCCAUUUGUUUGAGAGUGUGUAUGAAUAUGCCUGAAAUUUGGUUGUAUAUUAAUGAUGACAUCUAACUCAACUUCAUGUAUAUGUAGAUAUACCCAUAUGAUUUAUACACACUUGUACCUUUAAUAAUGUCAUUUAAUGGUUAUAUAAGUAAUGUCUUUUUAAACUGUGUUUUCCACAGCAUGAUGUUUACAGGCUGGUUGAGUGCGAUUUUUAUCCCUUUUGAGUUAAACUGUGAGGAGUGAGAAGACAUGAAUAUGCUGGGCCAAUAAGAAGACUUUAGAAGAUCUGGAUUUCGCAGAUGAUUCAUGCUCAAUGUCAUAGAUACUCGAAGACCUACACGUGAAAACGAAAAAGCUGACAGAAGAGGCAGAGAGUGGAGGUAGGACUUCAAGUGAACACAGGGAAGACGGAGAUGAUUAAGAUAAUCAACCAACAAUCAACAGCAACAAGCACUAAUAACUACCAAUGGAAAAAAAUUGAAUGUUGUCUCUUCCUUCAUUGAUCUAGUCAGGAUCCUUUCAACUACAGGCGGAAUGGGUGAGGAUGUCAAAACCAGAAUCGGGAUAGCAAGAUACCACUCUGAAAUCAGCGUGAAAAUUUGCUGUAGUCAGUACAAACAAGAAGAUUCAGAUCUCUAACACCUGUGUUAAGUAAGUCGGUCCUUCUCUAUGUGUCAGAAAUUUGGCGCGUCAUGAAAAGCACUGCAAAUGGGCUUCACUCUUCAAUCAACAGGUUCUUUCAUUGGCUAGACAGUGAAGAUAAGCUGAAGAAAAUGGAGAUUGGUAGGACACGCUGAAGGGAUCGUCGGAUGACGUUGCACUCCAAGCUAUCUCUCUAGUGGAACCCCAGUGGGAAGCAGCAAGUUGGGCUUGGGUCCGAGGGUAACACAGACGAGAUCAUAUGAAUAGGAGAUGAAACUUAUUUGAAAAUUGUGACACCAGCUGAAUAAGACUUCAAGAAACAGAAUGAAUUGAAGACGAGCUGUUGAAGCCCUAUAUUCCAUUCAGAACCCAAAGAAACAGUAAUAAUUGAAUGAAACUCUGUCAUGCAAAUCCACGGUAACCUAAAAAUGUUUUGGUGUAUCAUAGUGGUUGGCUUUGUUUUUAGCCUUUAGACUAGCGCACAGAAUUUCCUGAGGUAAAUUUGAAAAUAUGAUGUCAAGAUAAUACAAAAUACUACUUAAAUAUUAUUAAUCUCUGUCUUUUAAAGCACGUUGCAGAGGACAGCUAUAUUGAUGUAUGUUAACUGCUAUUUUUGUACAUUAAUACUUGUUAUUUAUCUGCAGUAAUUUCAACAGAAUGAAAUAUGUUAAGUGUGACUAUAAACAAUUCCUGUACAUACUCUGAUUUUACUGUCCAACAUUUAUCCAACAGAACGUUUUAUCUUCAUGCAUUCUUCCCUCCUUUAUGAAUUUUCAUGAAGCAAAAACAAGAGUUUGUGUAAAAUAAAAUGGUACCA